ACAAAAAAAAAUUAUGAGAGAGACAACAAACGAGAGAUUAGGCAAGAAAGAGAGAUAUGGAAGAACAAGGAAGACAAAGAGAGUGUAAGAGUUUUGGAUGUAUGUGGGUUUUAUCCACAAACAAGACUCUUUAAGAUUCUUCUCUCUGUAAUGACCGGAAAAUCCCAUUUUUUUGUGGUUUCAAAUCAAAUGGAACCCCACUCUUACCUCUGUCUUUGUCUUUUUCUUAAAGCCUUUUGUUUCAGCCUCUGUAUGUAUCUCCCUCUCCGGAGCAAUUGCAAAUUCUGUGUCUUUGUGCUAUGCAGACAUUACCAAGCUCAGAAACCGUUCUUUUAGGCUCCAACUCAGCACCACCUGUGUUGCGUAGUCCCGGUGGCGAUGACGUGGACAUCGAUUUUGGUGACGUGUUUGGUGGUCCUCCUAAGAGACGCUCUAAAGUUACUAGUAACGAAGUCACACGACAUAGCUUCAGUGAAUCCGCUCUCCGGCGUCGUGACGUCAUCGUCGACGUCGGCGAUCUGCUUCCGCAAGACGAGAAGCCUGUAUUCGGCGAAGAUACAUCAUCUGUCCGGCGUCGUUUCACCACUGAUGAUUUCUUCGACGAUAUUUUCAGAGUUAAUGAAUCAUCAUCACUUCCGGGUUCUCGGAUCCUUAGCCCGGCUCACAAACCCGAAUCUUCUUCAGGGACUUCGUCUCCAUCCCAAUUCAGUCUUCCUGCAAAAGCAACAGAGAUUCCAACAUUUAAUUUAGCAGCUACUCGUAGUUUGAACAAGAACAAAGAAACUGUUUCGAGCUCUCCUUUGUCAAGAACUUCAAGCAAAGCAGAUGUGGUCUCUACUGCUAAAUCAUAUUCAGAUGAUUGUGAUGAUCCUCCACAAGUUUUUGUUACUGGGAAAGGAAGGCAAUUUCAUUUCUCUAUCUACAAGUGGCCUAAUAAAGGAGUUCCUGUUGUUAUUUGGGGAAGCUCUAGAUUGAGUUCUAUGUCUAAAGCUGAGGAGACAACACCUGUACCAUUGAGUGAUUAUCGAAAAACUUCAGUUGUUGAGAAAUUGGGUAAAAAUGAAGAAGGAGAUGGAAAAAGUGGUUUAUCUGGUUUGAAAGAUGUGAAGAAGACCUCGCUAAAGCGUCCUGGUGUCCAGACAAAAGAAGAGAAAACAGAAACAGAUUUGAAGUCUGAACAAGCCUUCUUUGGUGUCUCAAAAGCACGUGAGGCUAAUGUGAAGCCUCUUGAUUCAGUUGAGUCUGAACAGGCCUUCUCUGGUGUGUCAAAAGCACAUGAAGCUACUACUGUGAAGCCUCUUCAUUCAAUUUUUCAUGAAGAAGAUGAGAGACAAGAUGAGAAAAUAGUAUCAGAGAGAGAAGUGAGAAAAGGUAAAAGCAAAGCGAAGAACACUCGAAGUUUUACCGAAGAUUCAAGAACCAAGAAGAAAUCACAAGGCACUAAAAGUUCUUUGGAUAGUAGCCCGAUACCCGAUAAAUCCAGCUUCGCAAGUUCAUCAGCAGCACCAGAAGUUGGCAAAGAUGGAGUCAAAGGAAAAGUGAGUGACUUCGUUAAGAUUUUCAGUAAAGGAGCUUCAGUUGGAGCAGGUGGGGAAUCUCUUGGACAAAGCUCUAGAUGGAGAGCUAAAGAAACUCCCAAGACUGAUAUCAUUCAUGAUGGUUCUAAUGCCAAGGAAACUGUAAACAUUCCUGAUCAACAAAAGAAAUCGACUCCAGAUAUCCCCGCUAUGAAUCGGGAUCAGAAACCUUCACAGUCAACUCAGAAAAAAGAUUCAGACCGGGAGAGCAUGAACUAUAAGGCUCCUGGUGAUACUGUACAAGAAGAGAGACAAGAACCUAGCACAACACAUACUACCUCAGAGGAUAUAGAUGAGCCCUUCCAUGUAAAUUUCGAUGUGGAGGAUAUAACACAAGAUGAAAACAAAAUGGAAGAGGCCAAUAAGGAUGCUGAAGAAAUCAAGAACAUCGAUGCUAAAAUCCGCAAGUGGUCAAGCGGAAAGAGUGGAAACAUUCGGUCUCUUCUAUCCACGCUGCAAUAUAUUCUUUGGUCUGGGAGCGGGUGGAAGCCGGUUCCUCUAAUGGAUAUGAUCGAAGGAAACGCGGUUCGAAAAUCGUACCAGAGGGCAUUACUAAUACUUCAUCCAGACAAACUACAACAAAAGGGUGCUUCUGCAAACCAGAAAUACAUGGCCGAGAAAGUUUUCGAAUUAUUACAGGAAGCAUGGGACCACUUCAACACUCUCGGACCGGUUUAAAGGAAGAAAACGAGUCUUUAGUCUUUUAGUUCUUUACACAAAGGCUAUGUACAGAUACGGUUCUGAAUCAAAAGAUGUUGCAGAAUUUUAGUUGUCACAGGUAUACUUACAUCAAAUUUUUGUUGGUUUGUUGAGACUUGCAUCAAUCUAAAGGGAUCAUUAAGUACGUACGGAGAGAGAUGUGGGUGUUGUAGUUAUGGCCAUAUAAUUGAUUGGGCUAAAAGCCCAUUAAAAGAGGGUUUAGUGGUUAGCCGUUAGAAAUUAAAGAAAAGGCAAGCCAGGUGAGUUUGUGGAGUUGGUGUUGUGUUGGCUUUUACGAUUCUUUUUCUUAACGGUAAGCUACUUUCUUAACUUAUACUUAAAGCUUU